AUGGCAGCCAGACUGAUUCCUCCAAUCACUGAGAGUUUUAGUUACCCAACUCCACCCAAAGACUUCUACCCACCUCCACCCAAAGACUUCUACCCACCUUCACCCAAAGACUUCUACCCACCUUCACCCAAACACUUCUACCCAACUCUACCCAAACACUUCUACCCACCUCCACCCAAAUACUUCUACCCACCUCCACCCAAACACUUCUACCCACCUCCACCCAAACUAUUCUACCCACCUCCAUCCAAACACUUCUACCCACCUCCACCCAAACACUUCUACCCACCUCCACCCAAACACUUCUACCCACCUCCAUCCAAACACUUCUACCCACCUCCACCCAAACACUUCUACCCACCUCCAUCCAAACACUUCUACCCACCUCCAUCCAAACACUUCUACCCACCUCCAUCCAAACACUUCUACCCACCUCCACCCAAACACUUCUACCCACCUCCACCCAAACACUUCUACCCACCUCCACCCAAACACUUCUACCCACCUCCACCCAAACACUUCUACCCACCUCCACCCAAACACUUCUACCCACCUCCAUCCAAACACUUCUACCCACCUCCACCCAAACACUUCUACCCACCUCCACCCAAACACUUCUACCCACCUCCAUCCAAACACUUCUACCCACCUCCACCCAAACACUUCUUUUGGGGGCUAAAACUUUGCACGAAUCUCCGAAUCCGAUUCGCGCCAGGAUUCACGCAAGCAUAA